AUGGUUGGGAACCGUUGUUCUAAGAACUUUCCAAAGAAGUUUUUGGAAUCCACUUCCAUUGAUUCUGAUGGAUUUCCCGUUUAUAGGAGAAGAGAUUCUGGUCACACGGUUGUGAAGAAGGGUGUUACUUUGGACAAUAGGAAUGUAGUUCCAUACAACAAAAAGCUUCUUAAAAGGUACCAGGCGCACAUCAACGUCGAGUGGUGCAAUCAGGCGGGUUCAAUUAAGUAUUUGUUUAAAUAUAUUAAUAAAGGACCUGAUCGAGCCACGGUUGCUGUUUUUGAUUCAGACAGAGGUCCAGAUGAGGAGAUCCCAAAAGAUGAAAUUAAAGAAUAUUACGAAGCUAGAUAUGUUUCCGCAUGUGAAGCAAGCUGGAGAAUAUUUGCCACUGAUGUUCAUUAUCGGUAUCCUUCUGUCAUGAGAUUACCUUUUCAUCUUCCAGGACAACAAAAUGUUGUAUUUAGUUGUGACGACGAUAUUGAGGAUGUCUUACACAAACCUCAAGUAAAUUCAUCUAUUUUCUUAGAAUGGAUGAAGAUGAACAAUUCUAAGCCUGAAGCAAGAGAACUUACUUAUGUUCAGUUUCCUUCAAAAUAUGUGUGGAAGUUAAAAGAUCGUUGCUGGCAGCCACGUCAAAAUUAUGUUGUUAUUGGGAGAAUAUAUUCUGCGUCUCCUUCUCUUAGUGAGGCUUAUUAUCUAAGAAUUCUUCUUACCAAGGUUAAAGGACCAAGAUCAUUUGAAGAAAUCAGAACAUAUGAAAGUGUUGUUUAUCCUACUUUUAGGGAUGCGUGUUAUGCACGUGGCCUGUUAGAUGAUGACAAUGAAUAUAUCGAGUGUAUUAAAGAAUCCAGUUUCACUGGGAACGGUCAUUAUCUUCGUUCUUUGUUUGGAACACUACUUUUGUCUAAUACGCUUUCAAGACCUGAAGUUGUUUGGGAGAAAACGUGGGAGCUAAUGUCCGAGGACAUUUUAUACAAUAUGCGUAAAGAUACUGGCAUGAGCGGAUUCGUUGUAUCAGAUGAACGUUUAAAGAAUAUAACAUUGACCAAAAUCGAAAAAUUUCUUCUUCGUAAUGGAUCCAGCUUGCACAGGUUCUCAACGAUGCCUUAUCCUAAUAAUGACUAUCUAAUGACCGAGAGCAACCGUUUGAUAAAUGAGGAGCUUUCUUUUGACACUGAUGAACUUAGGGGUGAGUUCAAUAAUCUUCACAGCUCUCUAAACGAAGAUCAAAGAGCAGUGUAUAAUGAAAUUAUGAAUGUUGUUCGAAGUGGAAAGGGUGGUGUGUUUUUUGUGUACGGUUAUGGUGGUACGGGCAAGACUUUUUUGUGGAAAACUUUAGGUGCAUCCAUUAGAUCCACUGGACAUAUCGUUAUUAAUGUUGCUUCAAGUGGUAUUGCAUCUUUGUUGCUAUCACGAGGUCGUACUGCUCACUCACGAUUUCAUAUUCCUAUUAAUCUCAAUGAAGAUUCGGUCUGCCAUAUCAAGCCUAAUACUGAAGUCGCUAAUCUUCUAAACCAAGCCAAGUUAAUUAUUUGGGACGAGGCACCGAUGGUACACAAACAUGCUUUUGAGGCUCUUGAUCGUACAAUGAAGGAUGUUUUGAGUGUAUUUGAUUCACGAAAUUCAGAACUUCCAUUUGGUGGAAAAGCUAUUGUCUUUGGUGGUGACUUUAGACAAAUCCUACCUGUUGUACAAAAUGGAAGCAGGCAAGAUAUUGUAAACGCAUCUUUAUGUUCAUCCCACAUCUGGUCCAAUUGCAAGGUGUUAAAAUUGACAACCAACAUGCGUUUAUCGGUAGGAUCCAGUAGCUCAAACAUCGAGGAAAUAAAUCUAUUUGGUAAAUGGCUUCUAGAGAUUGGCGAAGGCAAUGUUGGUGAUUCUAACGAUGGUGAUUCUAAUAUUGAAAUACCUGAUCAUCUUUUGAUAACUGAUGAAAAUGAUCCGAUUCAAGCUUUGAUUGACUUUGUAUAUCCUUCAGUUUUGGAUCGUUUUAAAGACCGUGACUACUUUUCUGAAAGAGCUAUACUCGCUCCUAAGAAUGAAGUUGUUCAUGAUAUAAAUGACCGUUUGCUUGCUUUGUUUCCGGGUGAAGAGGUAGAGUAUCUUAGCUCUGAUAGUUUAUGUCCUACUGAGGAGAUUAAUGAUCCGUUACAUCAAGAUUUAUAUAAUCCAGAUGUGUUAAACAGUGUGAAAGUUUCUGGAUUACCAAAUCAUAGAUUGGUAUUGAAAUUGGGUGUUCCGGUAAUGCUUUUGAGGAAUAUUGACCAGCAAAACGGUUUGUGCAAUGGUACGCGUCUUCAAAUCACACGUCUUGGUAAACGUGUUAUCGAGGCUGAGAUAUUAUCGGGAAGUAAUGUUGGUUCAAGAACUUACAUCCCAAGAAUUAGCAUGAUACCAUCUGACAAAAAAAAUACCCUUCAAGUUUCAACGAAGGGACAAUCUCUAUCCAGAGUUGGUCUAUACCUUAGAGACCUCGUGUUCUCACAUGGUCAGCUUUAUGUUGCUUUGUCGAGAGUAAAGACUAAGGAUGGCGUUAAGGUUCUAAUAUUCGACAAAGAUGGGAGACCAACAAACAAAACUGCAAACGUGGUUUACAAAGAAAUUUUUGGGAAAUUGUAG